GAGGGCCCUGCUGAUUGCCUGCCGCGCCCCGUCGAUCGCCCAGUUCAGGUCUCUGUGCAACCGCAACAGCAGGGGCGGGCAGCAGUGGGCAGCGGUGGUGGCUACCGGGCGAGUGACAUUCAGCAUGUCUACCACGUCCGGGCCCAGCAAGCGCAAGGGCGGGUCGGAGAUGACGGGGGAGGAGCGGCCGGCCAUCAAGGCCAAGCCGCGGGUGGAGAAGAACCGCGUGCUUGUGACGGGUGGCGCGGGCUUUGUGGGGUCGCACCUGUGUGAUUACCUUGUGGCACGCGGCGACCACGUCAUCUGCAUGGACAACUUCUUCACCGGCUCCAAGGACAACAUCGCCCACCUGCUGGACCGCGAGAACUUCGAGCUGAUCCGGCACGACGUGGUGGAGCCGAUACUGCUGGAGGUGGACCAGAUCUUCCACCUGGCAUGCCCCGCCUCGCCCGUGCACUACAAGUACAACCCCAUCAAGACCAUCAAGACCUCCUUCAUCGGCACCAUGAACAUGCUGGGGCUGGCCAAGCGCUGCCGCGCCCGCUUCCUCAUCUCCUCCACCUCGGAAGUGUACGGAGACCCGCUGCAGCACCCGCAGACGGAGGAGUACUGGGGCAACGUGAACCCCAUCGGCGAGCGCAGCUGCUACGACGAGGGCAAGCGCGCGGCGGAGUGCCUGACCAUGGACUACCACCGGGAGCACGGGCAGGAGGUGCGCAUCGUGCGCAUCUUCAACACCUAUGGGCCCCGCAUGGCGCUAGACGACGGACGCGUGGUGUCCAACUUUGUGUCGCAGCAGGCUCUGAAGAACGAGCCGCUGACGCUGUUUGGGGACGGCAAGCAGACCCGCUCCUUCCAGUAUGUGUCAGACCUGAUUGAGGGUGAGGCAGAGGGGGGUGCGGGGUUUGCAACACUGCCCCCCCAACCACGCCACACACGCCACACACACCACCACCCCCUGCAGCUUAUCUGGGUGGAGAACACUGCGGACGACCCCUCCCGCCGGCGGCCCGACAUCACCAAGGCCAAGACACUGCUGGGGUGGGAGCCCAAGAUCCCGCUGCAGGAGGGGCUGCUCAAGAUGGUGGAUGACUUCAAGCGGCGGCUGCGCAUCGAAGAGGGCACCUCCUAGUGCGCCUGUGAGGGACAGAAGAGUGCCCUUCCGGUGCCCCCGAGCCUCCCCAGCUCUCUCGCUUGGAGCCAGGACAGCGCCACCCCAUGUCUUCUCUGUUCGUGACCCCGGGAGCUUCGACCGCCUUCCCCAUGCCUACAGCCGCCCCUCACAGCCUGAGGACCCCACUUGCAACCCUUUGACGCCUCCUUCAGGCGACAUUUCAUUUGCAGCUGCAGUUCCCUAGCCCCGAUCCGAAUUUAUGCACUCUGCCUUCCAUUACAAUUAUGCAAUGUGUGCUUCGCGUGGCAGAGAGAGGGUCUGAUUGACAACAACCACCAGGGCAAUGGCCCCAAUGGCAAGGGACGGCAAUAGGAGUAGAGCAGGGUGGCAGGUGAAAUGUGGUAGCUGGCGGGGGUGGUGCUGCUGCGCCUGGCAGGAGCAAUAAAAGAAUAUGGAUUGUGCGGCAGGGACUGGGAAAAGGCACUGGCUGCGCUCGGCAAGAAAUUGUGGAGGGGGCGUGUGAGAGCGCAGGGCUGGCUGGCAUCUUGAGUUUGGUUUGGUGCGGGGCGCGGCUGCGCGCCAACAACGCUCCGAAAAAAAGGUUCUCAGGAGGUAGGGUGGUGGGUGGGUUGCCCUGUGGGCUGAGCUGCAGCCUGGCAAGCAGCAGCCUGCCCGCAGGGCAUCGGUCAGUAGGGGUGCAGCCGGCGCUGCCAGCGGGCAGCCGGAUGGAAGGUGCGGGUGUGGCCCCGCAGAGGGCGCGGCAGCCAAGGCACUCAGACCUCCGUCACCUCCUCGAUCACAACCUUGGCCUGACCAGCUGCCGCCAGCUCGUCGUCCGAGGUGCGCUUGGCCCCAAACUGGCCCUCGCCGCCCAGCUCCUUGCCCGCGUCGCUGGAGCCGUC